GCGCAGCGGCUGCGGCGUCCGAACGCGGCGUCUCGUUUUUCCCGCGAAACUCGGCGGCGGAGUGUGGACGUCCUUGUGUGCCUGGACUUGCGGGAACGGGGAGGCGCAGUCAUGUCGGGCUUCGACGACCCCGGCAUCUUCUACAGCGACAGCUUCGGGGGGGACACCGCGGCCGACGAGGGGCAGGCCCGCAAAUCGCAGCUGCAGAGGCGCUUCAAGGAGUUCCUGCGCCAGUACCGAGUGGGCACCGACCGCACCGGCUUCACCUUCAAAUACAGGGAUGAGCUCAAGCGCCAUUACAAUCUGGGGGAGUACUGGGUCGAAGUGGAGAUGGAGGACCUGGCCAGCUUCGACGAGGACCUGGCCGACUACUUGUACAAGCAACCGGCCGAGCACUUGCAGCUGCUAGAGGAAGCUGCCAAGGAGGUGGCUGAUGAGGUGACCCGGCCCCGGCCCACGGGCGAGGAGGUGCUCCAGGACAUUCAGGUCAUGCUCAAGUCGGAUGCCAGCCCGUCCAGCAUUCGUAGCCUCAAGUCGGACAUGAUGUCGCACCUGGUGAAGAUCCCUGGCAUCAUCAUCUCGGCGUCCGGGGUCCGCGCCAAGGCCACCCGCAUCUCCAUCCAGUGCCGGAGCUGUCGCAACACGCUCAGCAACAUCGCCAUGCACCCGGGCCUGGAGGGCUACGCCCUGCCUAGGAAGUGCAACACGGAUCAAGCCGGGCGUCCCAAAUGCCCACUGGACCCAUAUUUUAUCAUGCCUGACAAGUGCAAGUGUGUGGACUUCCAGACUCUCAAGCUGCAGGAGCUGCCUGACGCAGUGCCUCACGGCGAGAUGCCCAGACACAUGCAGCUCUACUGUGACAGGUAUCUGUGUGACAGGGUUGUCCCUGGGAAUAGGGUCACCGUCAUGGGCAUCUACUCCAUCAAGAAGUUUGGCCUGACCUCCAGCAGGGGCCGUGACAGGGUGGGUGUGGGCAUCCGGAGCUCCUACAUCCGUGUCCUGGGCAUCCAGGUGGACACAGAUGGCUCUGGCCGCAGCUUUGCCGGGGCCGUGACCCCUCAGGAAGAGGAGGAGUUCCGACGCCUGGCCGCCCUCCCCGAUGUCUACGAGGUCAUCUCCAAAAGCAUCGCUCCAUCCAUCUUCGGGGGCACAGACAUGAAGAAGGCCAUCGCCUGCCUGCUGUUUGGGGGUUCCCGAAAGAGGCUCCCCGAUGGACUCACCCGCCGAGGAGACAUCAACCUGCUGAUGCUGGGGGACCCGGGCACGGCCAAGUCCCAGCUGCUAAAGUUUGUGGAGAAGUGUUCCCCCAUAGGGGUGUACACCUCUGGGAAAGGCAGCAGUGCGGCUGGCCUGACAGCCUCAGUGAUGAGGGACCCCUCGUCCCGGAACUUCAUCAUGGAAGGCGGAGCCAUGGUCCUGGCUGAUGGGGGGGUCGUCUGUAUUGACGAGUUUGACAAGAUGCGGGAAGACGACCGAGUGGCGAUCCAUGAGGCCAUGGAGCAGCAGACCAUCUCUAUAGCCAAGGCUGGGAUCACCACCACCCUCAACUCCCGCUGCUCCGUCCUGGCUGCCGCCAACUCGGUGUUCGGUCGCUGGGAUGAGACGAAGGGGGAGGACAACAUCGACUUUAUGCCCACCAUCUUGUCCCGCUUUGACAUGAUCUUCAUCGUCAAGGACGAGCACAAUGAAGAGAGGGAUGUGAUGCUGGCCAAACACGUCAUCACUCUGCACGUGAGUGCACUGACCCAGACCCAGGCCGUGGAGGGUGAGGUCGACCUGGCCAAGCUGAAGAAGUUCAUUGCCUACUGCCGAGCGAAGUGUGGCCCCCGGCUGUCGGCAGAGGCUGCAGAGAAACUGAAGAACCGGUACAUCAUCAUGCGAAGUGGAGCCCGUCAGCAUGAGCGGGACAUCGACCGCCGCUCCAACAUCCCCAUCACCGUGCGGCAGCUGGAGGCCGUCGUGCGCAUCGCGGAGGCCCUCAGCAAGAUGAAGCUGCAGCCCUUCGCCACGGAGGCCGACGUGGAAGAGGCUCUGCAGCUCUUCCAGGUGUCCACGCUGGACGCUGCCAUGUCCGGCACUCUGUCAGGGGUGGAGGGCUUUACCAGCCAGGAGGACCAGGAGCUGCUGAGCCGCAUCGAGAAGCAGCUUAAGCGCCGCUUUGCCAUCGGCUCCCAGGUGUCCGAGCACAGCAUCAUCCAGGACUUCACCAAGCAGAAAUACCCGGAGCACGCCAUCCACAAGGUCCUGCAGCUCAUGCUACGACGGGGCGAGAUCCAGCAUCGUAUGCAGCGCAAGGUCCUCUACCGCCUCAAGUGAGCCCCCGUGGCCCCACGGACUUGCCCAGGCCUCCUGC